AUGGGCCACGCACGGCAUCAGUCCUUUUCGCAACUGAGCAGCGCCCCAGUGCCUUCGAGGGCUAAUUCGACGCGUCUACGCUCCAACUCGAAUCGCUACAGCACUCCGGGCGGGACAUUCACUCCGGGAUUCAUAAAAGCCGAAGAUGCGCAGGACAGCACGGAAAAGGUGCGAGGCAUCGAGGGCGAAAGCGACUUCUCGGGCAAGCGUUAUGUCUGGCUCAGGGAUCCACAAACCGCCUUUGUGAGAGGAUGGGUAGUGGAGGAGUUGGAAGAAGGGCGCUUGCUGGUGCAAUGCGACAAUGGCAGCCAACGCGAAAUCGACGCCGAGAGUUACGACAAGGUCAAUCCGGCCAAAUUUGACAAGGCCGACGAUAUGGCAGAGCUCACACACUUGAAUGAAGCUUCAGUGGUGCACAACCUGCAUAUGAGGUACCAGGCAGACCUGAUAUAUACAUACUCUGGACUAUUCUUAGUCACAGUCAAUCCCUACUGCCCGCUGCCAAUCUACUCCCGGGAUUAUGUCAACAUGUAUCGAGGGAGGAAUCGAGAAGAAACGAAGCCACAUAUCUUCGCAAUGGCCGACGAAGCUUUUCGGAACCUCGUAGACGAAGGGGCAAAUCAGAGCAUCUUGGUGACUGGGGAAUCUGGUGCGGGAAAAACCGAGAACACCAAGAAGGUUAUCCAAUACCUCGCAGCUGUUGCUGCCUCUGAUGCUCCGGGUGUCAAAUCCAGUUCGCGAAACCUCUCCAACCUCUCCGAACAAAUCCUUCGCGCAAAUCCCAUACUCGAAGCAUUCGGUAAUGCCCAGACUGUGAGAAACAACAACUCCUCUCGAUUUGGAAAAUUCAUUCGAAUUGAGUUUACAAGGACGGGACAAAUCGCUGGAGCAUACAUCGAUUGGUACCUGCUGGAGAAGUCUAGAGUGGUUAAGCUCAACGCAAGUGAGCGAAACUACCAUGUCUUCUACCAACUGUUGCGCGGCGCCGACCAGAACAUGAAGCGCGAGUUUCUUUUGAACGGCAUGGAUAUUGAGGACUUCGAAUACACGAAGCACGGCAACGAGGCCAUCACCGGAGUCUCAGAUCAUGAUGAAUGGAGUUCUUUGAUCGAAGCCUUUAACAUUAUGGGAUUCUCCGACAAGGACCAGGUCGCAAUUCUCCGCACAGUCGCAUCAGUUCUACACCUUGGUAAUAUUUCCGUAAUCAAGGAGAGCAGGCGGGCAGAUCAAGCUGCACUUGAACCAGGAGCUAUAGCGCAAGCGGAGAGAGUUGCUCGUCUACUCGGUAUUGCUCCCGAUGCAUUCAUCAAGGCAUUGCUGCAUCCACGCGUCAAAGCCGGCCGGGAAUGGGUCGAAAAGGUUCAAACACCAGAGCAAGUCAACCUUUCGAUUGACGCUUUGUCCAAAGGCAUUUACGAGCGAGGAUUCGGCGACCUUGUGGAUCGCAUCAAUCACCAACUCGACCGAUCGGGAUCCGGUGCCGAUGAUUCUCACUUCAUUGGGGUCUUGGAUAUUGCUGGUUUCGAGAUCUUCGAGGAGAACAGUUUCGAGCAGCUAUGCAUCAACUACACCAACGAAAAGCUGCAGCAAUUUUUCAACCACCACAUGUUCGUAUUGGAACAGGAAGAAUACGCCCGAGAGCAGAUCGAGUGGAAAUUCAUCGACUUUGGCAGAGAUCUCCAGCCCACCAUCGACCUCAUAGAGCUUCCCAAUCCUAUCGGUAUCUUCUCGUGUCUCGACGAAGAUUCCGUCAUGCCCAAGGCAACAGACAAGACCUUCACCGACAAGCUACACUCUCUUUGGGACCGCAAGUCUCCGAAAUACCGCCGCUCGUUGCUCAAUCAAGGCUUCAUGCUCACUCAUUACGCCGCCGAAGUAGAAUACUCAACGGAAGGAUGGUUAGAGAAGAACAAGGAUCCUCUCAACGACAAUAUCACCCGGUUGCUUGCAGCCUCUACAGACAAGCACAUCGCCAAUUUGUUUGCGGACUGUGCCGACGUUGACGAUGAGGUUGGGGCGACAAGAAGUCGGGUCAAGAAGGGAUUGUUUCGCACUGUUGCUCAGCGCCAUAAGGAGCAGCUUUCUACCCUCAUGGGUCAACUCCACUCGACACAUCCUCACUUUGUGCGCUGCAUUCUUCCAAAUCACAAGAAAAAGCCAAAGCAAUUCAGCGCACCCCUCGUCCUAGACCAAUUGCGAUGCAACGGUGUCCUGGAAGGAAUCAGAAUUGCACGCACCGGAUUUCCCAAUCGUCUGCCUUUCGUUGAGUUUCGUCAACGCUACGAAGUGCUUUGCAACAACAUGCCAAAAGGCUAUCUAGAAGGCCAGGUUGCGGCAAAUAUCAUUUUGGAAAAGUUAAAUUUGGACAGAUCCUUCUAUCGGGUUGGCCUCACAAAAGUCUUCUUCAGGGCUGGAGUCCUGGCCGAACUGGAAGAGCAGCGUGACGAACUCAUCCGCGAUAUAAUUUCAAGCUUCCAAUCACACGCCCGAGGCUUUAUUCAACGACGCAUUGCUCACAAACGCCUUUACCGUGCAGAGGCCACUAGAAUCGUCCAGCGAAACUUCCAAGUGUACCUUGGCCUGCAGUCUAGUCCAUGGUGGAGACUCUUCGUACGUAUGAGGCCAAUGCUUGGAGCCACCAGACAGGCUGCAGAGGUCAAAAGACGUGAUGAGAUGAUCGCGAAGCUUGAAGAAAAGAUGCAAGCCGAAGCAUCUGAACGCCAGAGGAUCGAGGAUGAACGAAGACGCGCCGAAAUGGAUAUCCAGCGUGUUCAACAGACCCUUGAAAGCGAACGCGCUCUUGCUCUUGACAAGGAAGAAAUUUUCAAACGCCUACAGUUCCGCGAGGCUGAGCUCUCCGAAAAGCUCGCUGGUGCCAUAGAAGAUCAAGACAAGCUUGAAGACCAGCUUGAUGACCUGAUUGAAGCGAAGAGAAAGAUCGAAGAGCAAGCCGAAAUCUGGCGUAAUGAACUAGAGCAAGCUGGCCAGAUUAUUGGACGGCUGGAAGACGAGAAGGACGAUCUCCAACAUCAAAUCGCCAGCCUAGAAGAGCAGUUAGAGCAAUUAGAAAACGUUCGAUCACAACGGAGUCAAGCUGAAGAGAGUUUGAGUCAAGAAGUAAAGAUGCUGAAAAGUCAUUUAGCUUUGAAGGAAAGGAAACUCCAAGAUCUCGAAGCCAAGCUCUUGAAGACGGACCAGGACCUCGACCUCAAGCUCGCUGCGUCUAAUAAGGACCUGCAGUCAAGCAAGCGACAGAUCAAGGAGCUUCUCGACGAGAACCGGCAAGUGCGUCAGCAAAUCUCGGAUCUCUCUUCGACGUCCACUAGCUACGAAGAUCUUAUCCGUCGGAAGGAGAGCGAGUUAGCCAUUGUCAAGACCGAUCUCAAAAAGUACGAAUCCGAUCGACGAAUUUUCGACGAUGAAAAGCGAACACUUGCUUCUAAGCACGAUGACCUCCAAAGCCGACUACGCGAGGCGAAGGCGGAAAUGGAAGCCACGCGGUCCCAGAAGAGUCAGCUGGAACGUGAAGCCGCAGAUGCUAAGCGACUUCUCGAAGAGAAAAUAUCCGAGGACGCCAAGUCCGGGCAAGGAAGAAGAAUGCUUGAGGGCCAACUCGAGGACCUGAAGUCUCAGCUAUUCGAAGUUCAAACCGAGCUGAGCCGCGAGCGUCAAUCCCGCGACGAUGUCGAAAUGCUGGGAGAGCACAAGUAUGACACUUUGAAGCGCGACUUUGAUGCUCUGAACGACUCCAAGAUUACAAUCGAGAAGGAAAUGUACAUACAGCAAGAUGUCCUGCGUCGCGCUACCGAAUCUCGUCUCCUAGCCGAAAAGGAACGGAAGGAAUACCAGACAGAGUUGCGCUCGCUCCGGGAGAAGUUCUUGAAGUUACAGGAAGAGAAACUUGAGGCAGACACGGCCGCGGAACGUUCGGCUUCUCGGAUGGCCAUCGAACGACAAGCCAUUCAACGAAAAGAGCUUGAUGCGAAAGACAAACAGCUCGACGAACUCGAGGCUGAACGAAACAGCCUUGCUAAGCAAGUUCAGAACCUCUCACAGCUGAUAUCAGAUUCCGACGCGUACAAGAUCCGCCACGAUCAACAUAAAGAACGUCUCGAAAGGGAGCUCGUCACCAUCAAAGGUCGGCUCGCGGCAUCCGAAAAUGAUAACCGGGCACUUCUCAACAAGGUCCAGCAAAAGAAUCUCGACAUUGCCAGAUCCAAUUCUCGAGUCGGUGAUACUCAACGGUCUCGUAUCACGCAGCUCUCCGCAGACAAGACCAAGGCGGACGAAGAGAACAAGAGGCUUUUCCGUGAACUCGAGAGCGCUCAACUCACCAUCACCUCGUUGGAAAAGCAAAAGGAGAAGCUGGCUUUGGGUCUGGAAGACUUGAACCAUGAGAUUACACGGGAGCAUAAGACGAGCCGCAAUGCCGAGAAGACUUCCUCUGCAGCCAGCCUCCAGCUAGCUGAGGUCAACCGGAAGCUGGAGACCGAACGCCAACUUCGCACUCAGGCACAGGCUAAUACUCGCACCGUACAGUCAGCCCUUGACAAUGCAAACAGAGAACUCACGGAAUGCCAUAGUCAGCUUAUGCUCCUUCGAAAAGUCUUCGAUCCCGAAUCUGGCGAUACGUUGAUCACAUACGAAGCCGCAAAACCAAGCAUUUCUCAGGCAGUUGAUUUAGCGGAACGUGUGGAAUCGGUCACUCAAGCGCUGCGUGUCGCAAAGGAGCGUUACUCGAGGGCAGAGGCUCAAUUAGAUGAACUUCGUGAGAGGCAUGACAGCGAGCUAAACGAAAUGGAUGCCCGCCAUACUAAUUCGAAGCGCGCUCUUUUAGAAGAGAUGAACAGUAGCCAAGUCAACCAAGCAUCCAAUGCCAGACGUUCCCCCACCCAAUUCCGCAAGGAAUUUGAGAACAGGAAAACCUUCUCGGGUGCCAAUACUCCAACUCACCAGAGGCAUAUCAGCAAUGCUACAGUAGACUCCGCACGCUCAGACCGUACCGUGGACACCGUCGCAUUCAAUAACCGUAUGGACCUUGCUGCCGAGCUCGAAUUAGUCCAGAACCAACUUCAGAUGUCCGAAAUGAAGAAUCGACACCUCCAGAAUCAAAUCAACCAGUCACCAACCAGGAACGGAUGGCAAGAUGAGAGUCCCUCAGUUCGCCGCGUCCAGAAAUUGGAACGUGAGAAUUACCGCCUCCAUGACAUGCUUGAUGAUUCGGCAAAGAAAGUCUCCUCUUUGGAGAACAGCCUCCGAACUGGUCAGCUAUCAUUGAAGGAGGUCCAGACCAAGUCGCACGUGGAACUCUACGAUCUCCUAAACUCUCAGGAGCACUCCCGCAAAUCCGUCGUACAGGCACACAAGGUUGCCAUCAACGAGCUUGCGGAAGCAAAGGCAACUUUCGACGAGAUAAAGCAGGCGAAGAUCGCUCUUGAGGUAGAGCUUCGGGACGCUCGUUCCGAGCUGGAUGAGAUCAAUUAUGAGCGCGAACAGGAAGGGGCAAAUCAUAACCAGCUUCUCCAAGAGUUUGCAGACCUCCAGAUCCGACUUGACGAGGAGACGUCCAAGCUUAUUGACGUUACUUCAAGCCUGAGCAUGUACAAGAGCCGCGCGGACGAGUACUUCAGCAAACUUGAGCAAGCUGAAGUCGCCGUACUCAAGGCGUCUCGUGCCGAGCAGUUCGCCAGGACCCAAGCUCGGGAGGCCGAGGAGACAUGUGCAACUAUCAUGGCCGACCGUAACCAGAUGGAUGGUAUGGUGGAGGAUCUUCAACGCCAGACUCAGCAGUGGGAAGAGCGCAUUGAGGAUCUCUCGGCGGAUCUCGACGGUGCGCUUCAAGCUAAGAAGCGUCUGCAAAACGAGCUCGAAGAUUACCGCAGCCAGCGAGCGAUCGACAUCGAAGACACAGAGACCUCUAUGGAGCAAACCCGCAAGAAGUAUCAGUCCGAGCUAUCUACUAUCACACACGAACUCGACCUCGAGCGAGAGAAUGUCAUCUACAUCCGGGAAGAGAAUGGUCGUCUAAGAGAAGAGAUAGAGGAACUCCGCAACAAGUGGGAUGACGAGGUCUUGAACAGCUCUACGUGGGCAAAGGAGAAGAGCCGGCUGGAAAUCACCCUCCAGGAUAUCUCCAACUCUCGCGACGAGGCUGCCAACGCUCACAACGAGGCACAGGGCAAGAUUGUAUCGCUUCUUACGCAAGUGAGGAGCCUACGCACUUCGAUUGAUGAUGUUGCAGCUGAGCGCGAUAAUUUGCUCAACGAGAAGAGGGGCCUCGAGGCUCGUCUCCAGCACGCCGCUGCUCGUUUGGAAGAACUCGCCCGUGGAGAGAGUCCCACUAUGCGCCAAGCAGCCAGCGUGGACCGAGAGCUGCUCGAUCUGAAGUCAGGCCUUGCGCAGCAAGAAGACAUCGCCGCCGCCGCAGUUGGCAAGAUGCGCCGCGCGGAGGCCCUCGCACAGGAACUUCAAAAAGACAUCGUCACUGAGCGGGAAACAAGCGUCCAACUCCACAAAGACAAGGCAGCCUUGGAAAAGACCGCAAAGGAGCUCCAACUCCGCCUCAUCGACCUCGAGACAAAAGCCUACUCGUCUUCCACAAGCCAAGAUGUGCGCUUCCUAAACGGCCGGAUUCAAGAGCUCGAACAAGCCCUCGAAUCUGCCGAAUCAACUCGCACCGCCGAAGCCCGCUCCGUUCGCAACGUCGACCGCACAGUUCGCGACCUGCAGACCCAAAUUGAGCGACGCGACAAGCAAAACACCGCCGUCGCCGACGACCUCGCGAAAGCUAGAGACAAGAUCUCGAACCUCCUCAGCACAAUCGACGACCUCCAAUCCUCCGAUUCUGCUGCGCAGCUCCAAGCCAAGCGCGCAGAGCGCGAGCUCCGCGAGGAACGCGAGAAGUGCCUCCGCAUGGAGCGCGAGCUGGAGGGGUGGAAGGGGCUCCGGAUGGAGCGCCGCAGCGCGCUUGGCGUGCCAGGCGCGGGGGGCAGCGAGGCGGGAGAUGUACGGAGUCGGCGCGGUAGCUCGAUUGGGCCGUUGGGCGAGUUCGGAAUGCUAGGCGAUAAGGAGAAGGCAGCGCAGGCUACGGGGAGUCUGCGGGGCUUGCGGAGAGUCAGUGGCCAGAAGGGUUUUUUGUAGAUCACGUCGCCCUUGGUGGGAUGAAGCGGGCUACGGUUGAGGAUGUAGCCGAGGAAGAUGAAGAUGGGGAGGAUUUGGUGGAGGGAGCUGAGGGCGGCAAUAUGGGGG